AUAUUUUACAGUUAGGUAUAGCAUAGCCUCCCCUAUGGUAAAAAUCACGAACCGUCACUGCUUAUCAAUUUACGAUGCAAUCCACAUGGUAACCAUAUAACUUGUCAAUUAUUGGGUGAAGUUUUAGAUUUCGUUCGGUGUCAUUUUAAAAUAUUCAAUUAAUUAUAUUUUAAAAAUGGACAAAAAGGCGAAGAGAAUAAAUUAUACUCCUGACGAAAAAAAUUUACUUGCUCAGCUAGUACACGCAAACAAAGACGUCGUUGAAAAUAAAAUCACUAAUGCUGUGAGCAAUACGGAAAAGGAUGAAGCUUGGAAUCGUAUCGCAAUUCAGUUUAACGAGAUGAAUCAUGUUCACCGAGAUGAAUCUUGCUUAAGAAAGCAGUGGUCUAAUAUUAAGCAGGACCUAAGAAAAAAGGCUGCAGAAUCACGACGGCAACUAUAUAAGACGGGAGGAGGACCUCCAGAGACAAAAUUUAAGGACGAGGCAAUGAUAUUAGAAGUGGUAAAUACCAAGACAAUAUCUGGUCUCGACAAUAUGAACGAUUGCGACGCUUUGUCCCAACCUUCUACCAACACAUAUGAAGAUGCGGCAGACAACAAUGCAGAAGACCGUAAUAUUCAAGACAGAUUGGCAAAACGGCAGUGGGCACAAAAGAGGAGGCCAGUAAAAAGGAAUUCUGCUGUAGAAGACGCUAAACUAGAAGUGUUACAAAUACAGGCUGAAAUGCUGAGCCAAGAAAUGUCAAAUAAAAAUAAACUAUUUCAACUAGAAUAUGAACAUAAAGAAAAAAUGUUCAGGUUAGAAAGACAACUCAUCAAAAAAGAAUUAGGAUUAGGAGUCUUAAGAUUUUUUUAUGUUCAUUUUCUAAUUUAAAUUAGUAUAUUUUUUGAAUGCCGUGUCAUAUGUUAACAAAAAAACUGUUUCUUGUACCUUUUUCUGGAAAAGAUCACUGACUACCUCAAUUAACCAAUCUACAUUAAAUUAUGGGUUUUCUAUACUUAUUAUAAAUAUGGUGAUUAUGGUGGUUGGUAACCUUUUCUUGCAAAACAUUGCAACAAAAAUUUUAGUAAAUAAGUAUUAGUAUAAUAACAAUGUUCUAAAUAGUGGUGAAAGUUUAUAAAUCAAAGCAAACUCACUUUUGAACUUCUACUUGAUAUCAUUGUUUGUUUUUAUUUUAUUAAUUUUUAUUAUUUAUUUAUAAUAAAUAAAGCUAUUCUACUUACAAAUUAUGCAUAUAUUCUAAUUGUGGUUCCACUAUUUCCAAAAUAUGCAGGGCGCAUUCUUUUGUUAGUCCGGCAUCUCCGUAUUUAUCAAAGGGAUUUUU